UGGUUUGGUCAUAGUUCCAUGGAAUUAGACAGGGAGAAUAAAAGAAUAUUACCUGGGUUCUGGAAAUUGUCUACCAUGAAUUCAAUAAAACCCAAAUGAAGUAGAUAAAAUUCAGAAACUCAGGCAACAGCAGGAACUUUGAAAGGUAAGAAACAUUAUAAGAUGUCUGAUGCUGAUCAAAAGCACUCAUCAUCUCACGGUGGCCAUUUCACUGCAUCUCAUCCAUGUAGUGCAUCAAAAUGUUCUGUUCCGAGUAAUGUUGUCCUAGAUCACACAAGUGCUACAACUCUAUCUGUUCCUCCCUUUGCUCCACAGCCUGGCAUAGGGCAGCAAAUUGGUGACCCAGUCUCCAGUGUGACCCGUAGUACAGCCACUCCACCGGUAUCCUCCUCAGACUGCAAUAUACAUGAAUUUUGCUACUAUUUUCAACAGUUCAUAUUUAUUUCUGCCAUUAUGACUGGAAGUGCACUUGUCGUUGCUGGUGCUGUUAUGCAUGCACAGAAUGGAGAGCUCUUGGUGUUUGUGUACAUUGGUGUUUUGUUAGUUGGUGUCAACACUGUUUUACUUAUGAUUCAAUGCUACGUGAGAAGAAAACAGAAAAAGCGAGCUCGUGCCUAUUCAGCAGGACGGCGUCCACAGGAUAAUAGAGCUGUACACUACAGUGUUCUUAGUACAAACCCACCAGUUAGUGUUCCUGUUUCACACACACAGCCUACUACACUAACAUUUGAUGGUAAUUCUAGAUACCCAUACCACCACAGAAUUCAUUCUGAUGUCCCACAUCCCAUGUAUGGAGACUGGAGGGGGCCUCAGCAGUAUGGAGUUAAGACUUCAGUGGAAACUGGACCACAUGGUCACUAUAUGCUGCCUAUUCCAACUUCUCAGGCUCCUCCCACAUUUCGAUCAAGGUCGGUUAUGAGCAACACACGCUACACAAAGGAGAACUUCCCUCAUUCUCCACCUCUGAAUCAGCAUUCCUCACAUAGACCAAUAGUAACACCACAGGGUUCUCAACUUCCUACCCCCAGAAGUGACUGUAUGCCAUUUGACUCUUAUACUCCAUCUGGCCCACCACCAAGUUAUAAUGAGCUUCUCCAUUCAGGAAGAUUACCACAAGAUGGCACCACAGUCCACAUUCUCUGAGUUAGUACUUGCAAAAAUGAAAAAAAAGUUAUCAAACCUCAGGAAGUUUUCUUGUGUGUUUUAAGCUUGUCUAUUACUUUAUUCUGUGUACUUUGUGUAUAUUGUAUUUCUUAAGUUUGUAUGAUAUAAACUGUAUUAACAAUUGUCAAAGAGAUGAUAUGUGUGAUAUGUUAGUUGCACUGUUAUUAUGAGUAUAUAUGUACAUGUAUGCUCAUUCUUCAACUUGUAGUUAUUGGAGUGUCUUUAGAAAUUUGGUUGUACUUGUUUCUUGAGAAAAUUGUUAAUAUAUCAAAUACUAUUGUAAUUAGUAAAACCUAUUUAUCCACUAGUUGUUUCUUUUUCUGUAGAGUGUUGAAAAUGUAAAUACUCAGAUGUGUAUUUUUUGCGUACAGAGAUCUAUAUGGAGUAUCGGAAGUGUUAGGAUUUUAUUAGAGUCGUGUAUAAAAGAAUACAAAUAACAUUAAGAAUCUCAGUUCUUGUAGAUACUGAUUAUACACGUAUUCAUACGCACUUUUCUCUACAGUGUAUUUUAGUUUUUCAAAGUAAACAUAACAUUUUUCUUUGGUAUAUCUAAGUAUGUACAAUGUAUGUACACUUAUUGUGCUUUUCAUUUUUGAUGUGUAUUUUGAAUCACCAUCGAACUUUAUUUAAUAAUCACCUAAAUUUCUUUCUUCAUAAUGUUCUGUUACUGUACGUAUUUUUUUUACAGAAGUUUAUGAAAUUGAUGUGUCAAGCCAAAUUUAAAAUUAAAAUUAUACAACAUAUUCUUGCAUAUGUAAACCUCAUGUUUUUAUUUUGUUAAUGUUUACGUUGUACUGUGCAUAUUAAAGUUCAUUGUGCUUGUUUGUUUUGUAUGCUGUUCAGAGAUUAAGAAAGUUUCAUAAUGAAGAGUUAUUACUUUCUGUUCAGAUGUUUUAUUGCUCCAUUGUAUAGGUUUGUACAUAGGUACAUGAUGAUGAUAUCGGGUUACUAACUACACAAAAUGUUGCAUAAAAUUCCUAAAAUGAAAAUACAUAAAAACAACAUAACUUUUCUCUGAAGUUUUUAUAUGGAUAUUGUCAUAAUUCUUUAUAGAAUGACUUUUGGAAAUUGGUAUCAAUUUCCUGUACUGGGUUUUAAUUUCUUUGUCAGAGUCUCACAAUUAGUCUAAUAAGCAAAGGAGAGAUGAGUGUGUACGAAUCAUUUCACAAAGAAAACAUUCAACACAAAUUUCCCUAGUUAUAUACUGCCAGUUCCAAAAUAUUUUUAAUUAUUGCAGCAUACACUACUAUACUGUAGAUCAGGGGCUGUCCAACCUUUUCAGUCCUAGACACUACUAUACUGUAGAUCAGGGGCUCUCCAACUUUUUCAGUCCUAGAUGCUUUUUUAUGAGGGUGAACAAUCCACACCACCACCACCACCCCUAGUUGUUAGGUAAUUAAAAAUCAGCAAAUAAUUACUACUUGUACGAAAUGCUAGUACAAUAAUACAGUUCUACAUAUACAGUUUGGUUUCAAAUGAAUACAUAACUUUAAAACAAUCACAAAAUAUGUAAAAUACUAAAAAGGGCCACAUGUGGCCUAUUGGUUAAUGUACCCAGACUAUGAAUCCUCAAAUUCGUAGUUUAUGUCCUGUUUACCUUAAAUAUGUGCUCUGUACUUUGGGGCCUUGGAUGCUCUAUGAAAGUGAUGGUCCAAUUCAACUAUUUGGUUUAAAAAAGCAGCCCAAAAAUUGGUAGUUUUUCUGUUGACUAGCUGCCUUCCCUAGUCUAGUCUGUCAGUUCAGAAUCAUAUUGAUAUGUGUGCAGCUAGCCCUUCUCUGAACUCUUUUAAGCACUUCAAUUUCAUCCCUAAGGUAAGGAGUCCAAGACUGGACACAGUACUCCAAAUGUGACCUACACAAUGACGUUAUAACCUCUUUAGACUUGUAUUCAAUAUUUCUGUAGAUAA